AUGUCGGAGGAUACAAUUGAGCUGUCACCCUUUGGGACGAAAGUCGCCCGUGAAUAUGCUCUGGAGCUCAGAAAUCAACAAGAAACAAGCGACAAAAAUGGCUUUGGCAACAGUGCCAACGGCGGGGGAUGCACAUCGUCGAAUAACACCAGUGGGAAGCAGCGAAUGGAGAGGAAGUUCGGGUCGCUCUCCAUCCUGGCUUUGUCAGUCACAUUGUUGGCAUCGUGGGAGUCCAUCGCCAGUGGAUUCGCCCCUGGUCUGAUGAAUGGGGGCCCUGCGGCUUUGGUUUGGGGAAUGUUACUGUCAAUGACAGGAACGAUGGCACUGGCCUUGUCGCUGGGCGAAAUGGCAUCAAUUUGCCCGCUUGCGGGAGCACAGUACCACUGGACAGCGCUGCUGGCGCCGCCAAGGAUCAGGGCAUUCAGCACUUGGAUGCAGGGCUGGAUUACAGUGUUUGGGUGGCAGGCCGCCGUCACAAGUAUCUGCUUCCUCGUGGCAACGCAGAUCCAGGGCCUCAUCAUCCUAAACCAUCCGGAGUAUGCACCGCAACGAUGGCAUGGAACCUUGCUCAUGUGGUCAGUGAUGCUCUUCUCGUUGACCAUCAAUGUCUUUGCGGUUCGAAUCUUGCCGUUACUUCAGCUGUUGGGCGGCAUCAUGCACGUCGUGUUCUUUAUUGUUCUGGUCAUUCCUCUGGUUCUGUUGUCGCCACGGAGCACGCCUGAUUUUGUUUUCACCGAACUGCUGAAUCAGGGUGGAUGGAGCAGCGAUGGUGUCUCUUGGUGUCUGGGAAUGUUGACUGUGACGUAUUGCUUCACUGGAUUCGAUGGAGCCAUCCACAUGAGCGAAGAAGUCCACAACCCAGCCACAGUGGUUCCUCGCAUUCUCAUCCAAACGAUUGCUAUCAACGGCACUCUAGCCUUUGGCUUCAUUCUCGUGAUGCUGUUCUGCAUCGGGGACAUUCAUACCAUCUUGCACUCUCCAACCGGAUUCCCCAUCAUCGAAAUGUUCUACCAGGCCACCGGGUCUGUAAAGGCCACAACAGCAAUGCAGUCGGCCAUCACGCUCAUCGGAUUCGUCUCCAACAUCGCAGUCGUCGCUUCCGUCUCCCGCCUCACAUGGGCUUUUGCCCGUGACGGCGGCCUACCGUAUUCCAAGUUCUUUGCUCAGGUGGAUGGCACAUACCACAUCCCCUUACGCGCCAUCUGCCUCGUCUGCUUCACCGUGAUCCUCCUCUCUCUCGUCAACAUCGCCUCUACCACCGCCCUCAGCGCCAUUCUCGCUCUCACCACCAGCUCGCUCUUCAUUUCAUACAUUAUCCCCAUUGCCAUGAUGGCCCGGAAACGCAUCCGGAGGGAGCCGAUCGCAUUCGGCCCAUUUGCGCUUGGCCGAUGGGGUCUGGCGGUCAACAUCUACGCCGUCGUUUUUGGCUUCUUUAUCUGUACUUUUGUCUCCUUUCCGACAGAGAUCCCCGUUACAGCAACGAACAUGAAUUACAGCGGCCCGGUAUUCCUGGGCGUGAGUGUCCUGUUGAUUUGUGACUGGGCCGUAAGAGGGAGAGGGAGGUUUACGGGGCCAUUGAAGGACCUAUUAACGCAGGGUGCUCGCAGAGACGUGUAG